AAGAUAAUCUUCAAGCUUAAGGCAAUAUUCAAUAAGAGAAUUGAGAACAAGCAAUUCAUCCCGCUUUCAACAUGCCUCGCGAAAUCACCCAAAUCUCCAAGGGCGACACCAAGGACCUCCCAAUUGAGAUCUGGCCCGAUGGCCUCAUUACCUUCCAAGCCGGAAGUUUUCGUGAUGAUUACCUCGAAAAUGGCGAGAAUACCGUACUGGAGAUUCGCACAGGUGUUGAGACUCUCCUUCACCUGUCCUUGAGACACAAGAAGCUGGUUCUGGACAGUCGCAAAUCCGAUAAUGAGGAAUGGGGCUCCAACAGGGAAGUCAUUGAGAACUUCUCCCUCAACCGCAACCGCCCAACUAUCACCAUCUACCACCACGGCAAAGAAGGCUUCCAGAUUCUGUUUGACUACCAGACCGUUGCCUUCUACCACAAGAGUGUCAACAAGACUGCCAUUGCCAAGUCUGUUCACUAUGCAAGCAGUCCCCCUAGUGCGGCGGGAGCUUUGGACAAAAUCAUUGAUGUUACCGCCUAUGGAAAUCUGCAAGAUUUUAAGUUGGUUAAUUAAAUGGUCUUUCAUGUAUGCUAGAUGGCCUUUGUGUGGUUUUUAGUCCCUCAAAGCAAGGGUUUUUCCCACACAUACAUGUGAAUGCAGAGGCUAUAUAAUUGUGACUUUAUGAUUUAUACUUUCCAGCAAAUGCAAAUAUGGAU